GUCUCAAGAUUAUUCCUUCUUAAGUCACUAACUUUCUAUCUAUAAGAGUACAUAGUUUGGCUUAUUUUUCUAUGGUAGCUUUAAAUUCUUCACCAUUGAAACCCACAUACAUUUUCACAAACAAUUUCCUCUUUGUUUCCUGAAUCCUGACUUUCUAUGUAACCAAACACCCCCCUUUAACCCAUUGGUCUAAAGUCUAAACCUUUCACCACAAGACGAACACAUUUUUUUUCUUUUUUAAUUUUCAAUGGCACAAUCCUUCUACGUUUAAGCUUCUGUAAGGACCAUGAGCAACAGGAGUAGCAGCCGGAGCAAGAGCGGUGGCGAGGAGGCGUUCAGGGUUACGAUCCCGGCCGACAUACGGCCUACCAUACAGACCAUACGGGAGACCACGGGGAGGCAACACAGCGAUGAGGAGAUCUACUCUGUUCUUGAGGAUUGUUCAAUGGAUCCUAAUGAGACUGCUCAAAAGCUUCUUUAUUUAGAUACAUUUCAUGAGGUAAAAAAGAAACGUGAUCGGAAAAAGGAGGGACAAGGGGCUAGGGGUGGUCGGGGGAACUAUUAUUCUAAACAUAUCCAGUCUGUUGCUAGCACUGGGAUGAAUGCAGCUCCAAGGAGGGAAAAUGGAUUCAUAGAGAGAGGUUCAGUUUUGCGGAAAAUGAAAAAUAAUGCAGUACAUAAUGUGACAAAAGCUUCCACUGUUGCUUCCAAUGGCUCUUCAAGUCAAUCCAAUGGAAUCUUGAGUCAUGGACAUGGCAAUGAGUUGUCUGUGGAUGGUGUGAUUCCUGACAGGAAAGAUAAUACUACCAUAGAUGCAAAAAGGCCGGAGACUGCACCACUUCUACCUACUCCCACCUUUGCCUCCCUGAUUAGAGCUCACCAAGAAAAGUCUUCAUUGAGUUCUAAUCACCUUCCUACCUCUGCCGGUCAAGCAUCUGCUGAAUCCAACGUUAUUAAGGAAAAUACUGAUGUUUCCUCUGAUGUGGACUUGGAAUCAUCCAAGAGUGAAAAGACAGCCUCAAACACUUUAGAUGCUAUUCACAAAAAAAAUGAUGAAAGCCAAUCAGAAGAAGUGGAAAAGAAUCAGCUGUCUGAGCCUUUACAGUCUUCUUCCUUGUUAGCUCAUGACACUUCUUCAGCUAUCCAUUCCUCUGAUGAUGAUAACCAGGCACUGGUAGAGUCUGUUACAAUUUCUGAAGAAACUUCAGCGGUUACAACUAUCACAGUUAAAGUCAAUUCUCAGGUGCAUCCUGAGUCAGUUCCUUCUGAUGGUCAGCAUGUUACUUUUCCUAGUCACUUCAAAGUCUCAGAAGCAGUGAAAAAUGGGCUGACUUUUGGAAGCUUUGAUAUUUGUUUCGGAUCCGUAGCAAAGGAGUUCAAUUGCACUGUUGGUGAGAUUAACUCUAUGACUCCCGCUGAAUCAUCUUCUGCUACUGAUGAAGCUUAUGGGGAACCUUCUCCUAGUAGUCGAAGCUUAUCCCCAGCUACUCAAGGGGAAACUCUUGAUCAUCCACAGUCGACUCUGUUUGUGGAUAAUGUGCCUUCAACAGCUGGCAAUAUCCCCAGUGGCACAGACUUGAAGCAUGAUGAGUUGAAGCAGGAGAUGCCCUUGCUUCCAGAAGGCCAAGAGAAACCUCCUGUUCAAAGCGUUCCAAACUAUGCUCUUGGUUUCAUGUUCUCCUCUGCUGUGAGCCAACCUAUACAAGUGGAAGGACCAGAGACUCAGGCACGUGAUGUUUCUCUAAUUUCAAACUUUGCUAAUGGGGUUUCUGUGGCUCCUAGCUCAAGUCCAGCUCCGUCUGUGCAAAGCUCUGUUGUUGCUCCACAACCUGUUCAUCUUUUCAGGCAUCCUUAUGCAGGCUUCCUCCCAUUCGGUCACUACCUGCCGCCUUAUUAUAUGCCACCAGUACAUCAGUUCUUGAGCGCCAAUGGGCUUCCGCAGCAGCCUUCUACUGGUAAUGUAUAUUUAUCUUCUGUGGCAGCUUCUGCUGCUGCCACUGCUCCUGGAGUCAAGUUUCCUCUUUCACAGUUCAAGCCAGGAAGCAAUGCAGGAAACCCUGCUCAUAUGGGCAUUGCAGCUGGUUAUGGUUCAUAUGGCUCUUCUGUUGGUUUCAAUCAUAUUACUGCUGCAGCCCCUGGAAAGUCUACCAAUAAUGAGGAUCUUACGUCAUCUCAAUUGAAGGAUGAUCAAAUCUACACAACAAGACCACUGAGUGAAGGUUCAGGUGUUUGGAUACCUUCGGCAGGACAUGAUUUGUCCAACAUGCAGAUCAAUCCUCUAUACAAUCUUGCCCUCCAGGGACAGCACAUUGCCUUUGCCCCAGCACAAGCUGGUCAUAAUGCCUUUCCUGGAAUUUAUCAACCAGCACAGACAUUAGCUGCCCCUUCAAAUGUUAAUCCGCUGCUGCAACAAUCUCAAGCCAUGGCUGCAGCUGUUGAAACUAUGGCACUCCCAUCUGGUGCGUAUCAGCAUUCGCAGGUUGCUCAGGUCAAUUGGAAUCCUAGUUACUGAUCUAGCUAAACAUCUCAUGACGAAACUUGGUUGCCUUGAAGCUCUGGCCAGAUUUUAGUGUAAAUAUAUUAUGCAUCUUAGAAGUCCUCGAUGGGAAUACAUGUUGCCGACCUUUGAAAGUUAUGAAUGUGACAGGUGCCAUUAUCGUUAUUCAUCUUGUUCUGAAUUCAUUUUCCCUGUGAUUUCUCAUCGGUAGUGAACUAUUUGACUUUCUUUGCCUUUUCUGUUAGACUUAUUAAUACUGGAGAUCUUAUAGAAAUUUAAGAGGUCAAAGGGAGGAGGUGGGAUUUACUGAAUUUUCCUAUCUGUUGUCUCACCUGUACAUUAAAUUUUGAUAAUGAAGGAUUUAAGUAUACUGCUGUAAUUGAUAUAUGGGAAUUGACAUUUAUAUUUUAUAUUGAAAUUGAUGAAUGCUGAUCCCUUUUGUUGGUCA